AAACAGCUCGAAGUGCAUCAACAGUUGGAAGAACUGGUCUGGCCCGAGAGCAAAACCUUGGUCCACGACAUGGUCCGCAACAAGGAGAUGGCCAUUGAACUGCUGGACGCAAGUAUCCUUCCGGUCGCGGGGAGUUCCUCGUCGAUCAGAAUCACCGACGUCGAGAACAUGUCCCAAAUCAUCGCGGAGUCCAAGAAUGUCUCCAAUCAACAGCUGGUGGCCGCUGCCCGGCAGCGCCAACAACUGCGGCAAGAGAAGGAGGCGAAGGAACUCGACCUGGAGGAGCGACGCGCAGCUGCGGUGGCGGCCAAGGCGGAGAAGGAUGCGCAGAACGGCGUGGUGACGCUGGAUGAAGCGGAGGCCAGCCUGGGCAUCGACACCAGCUUGGUCAAGGACGUCAAGGGCAUGUGCCUUCGGGGAAACAUGCUAUUGUCGGACCUGCGUCAUGAGCAAAAGGACA